AUGUGGCAGCCAGAGCCCAAUUGGCUCGCGGUGGGGAGCGGCGGCGUUCGGACAGAGCCAUCACUGGCCAGAACGGCCACGGCCAUGUCUUGGAUUUGGUUUGUGGGAGGCAAUGUAGAUGCACGGGAAAUCCAUGAUGCUGUACGAGUUCAAUGGUCGAAGGCGAUGGCAAGACGAGAUCGAUGGACAGAGGAGGUCGAGCUUCUGAGAGAGGAGAUGAAGCGGGUGUUGCGCAGCCUGGCAAAGUUGCAAGCUAUCUGGCUGGCUAGGGCCGAGAUGCGGGAGGUUGAUGAUCCCAGCCUAGUGGGGGGACUUCGGGCAUACGCGUUACGUCAGGUGGCCAUGUAUAAGGAGAUUUCGGCGGCCUUUUAUGCGAGAUGGAAUCUUUCAGCAGCGCAGGCUGUGCGGAUAGUGGUUGAGGAGGAGAACUAG